CCAUCCAAAUUUCCAUCCAUGUGGGUUCCACUCAACUAACUACAUUUGAUUUCCCUCUUUUUUCAUUACUGCUUCCACGUUUUUUCCCUCCACUCUUUCAAUUAGGUUUUCACUGCACCCUUCAUUUACUCUCACCCACUUUCUCUGUAAAAAUUCAACACCAAUUCUCUCUCCUCCAUAUUCACAGUCUGUGUUUUUCUUCCUCUCACUAUUAUAAUGGUAAAAGAAGAGGUGGACCACUAAGUUAGCAAUAUCUCAACAUCUUCUAUACCAAUCAUUGAAGGGGACCAAGAUUCACUCUUUAUAUAGACAAUCAUGUACAAUUUGGUUGAGAAUGAGUAGUUAAUUCCUUAAUUAUGCUUUUGUUGCUUCCCAUGUAAGAAGAAAAUGGAUUAAUUGAGGUUGAAUGGAAUAAUUUAAAAACCGUGUUAAACCUAAAUUCUCUGAACUGAUUAAUUUAUUGACAUAGGUUCAAUUAAAUAUAGUAUAUGGUUCAUAAUCAGAUUAAAUUAAACCACAAUUUUUAAUUAAAUGUUUAUGGAAAUCGACAAAAUGGGGGUUGCUCACAAAGUUCAGUUUGUUUCUGAUUUGUGUAAAAAAAAAAAGUUCCUGCUUUGUUGCGGAAAAAAUCGUUUGUGCUUUUUUGGGAAAAAAAUGUUCCUGCUUUUGUGGAAAAAAUAUUUGUUCCUGCUUUGCUGGAAAAUAAAUGAAUUUUUUCCAGACUUGUGUGAUUGCAGUAUGGUACGUACAGGUGAUGGAUUUGUUGAUGUCAGGAUGAAACUGGGAGGGGGGUUUGUUGAGAGUAUAUAUCAAGGCAGGAAGGUUGUGGAGUAUGUAGGUGGGUGGGAGUAUGUGAAGAGACAAAUUAGGAUUCAUGACUGUACUCUGGAGAAGCUUAUGAAUAGAGUGAGCGAGGGAUUUUCUUUUGCUAAUAAGCCAUUGCCUCCUGGGGUGAAGUUGUGGUUUACAGAGAAGGGAAAAACUUUGAGUAGCGGCAUGAAAGAGUUGAUUAGUGAAGCUAACAUAAGUGGUUUCCUACAAACAAGAUGCAUACUUGGUAUUUUGGAUGUAUAUGUCACAAAUGAGCCAAUACCUUUGACUAAUCCCAAAGGAGUAACUUCUUAUUCUACCCUCCCUCCAAAAUUUCAGAUUAGGCCUCUAUCCCAAAAUAGUCAAAAAAAGCCACUUCUUCCCAAAGCGAAGUUAGAAACGAGGAGAGUUCCUAUGGUUUCAAUUGAUUGUGAGUCCCUUAUUUUUACUACAGCAGACUUCUAUAAUUCACCUGUUAGAGAAGAAAUCUUGGUAGUAGAGAGAAGAAGUACCCCAAGAAGAAAGCAUAUGGUUGUCAAGGGUGGGGGACUAAAGGGGAAGGAGGUUAAUAAGAAGGCGGUUAAGGGAAAAUAUAAGGUUAAGGGUAAGAAACAACUGUUUCAGGAUGAUAAAGGUGAAUUUGGUUCUUCAAGCUCCGAGUUUAGUGACUUGGAUGUUAAUUGGGUUCCUGGUGAAGAAGAGCUGCAAAUUAAUGGUGAUGAUGAAGAGUUGUUUUUUCAGAUUAAUGGGGGAAAAACAAGUGCAUAUGAUAUCUUAAAGGAGGUUCAAGCUAGUUUUGGUGAUGAAGAGCAAGCUAAUACAAGUGCAAAACCAAACGCAAACACUAAAAUUGUUCCAGAUUUUGCUGAAGAGGAUAUCACACUUCCUGAUUUUGUUGAAGAGGAUAUCACACUUCCUGAUUUUGCUGAAGAGGAUAUAUCACAUCUAGAUUUUGCUGAAGAGGAUAUCACACUUCCAGAUUUUGUUGAAGAAGUAGAGGGGGACUCAGAUGAGCUUAGAAGUGUCCAUGGAUCUGAUGAUGAGGUGGAUGAUUACCCUACAUUCAAUCCAGAAAUUGACUUCAAGAAAGCUGUGCAAUUGAAGGUAGGCUUGAAAUUCAACUCGGUCAAAGAUUUGAGGAAAUCAAUAAGGUAUCAUGCUAUAGAUAACAUAUAUGAUUAUUACUUUCUACAUAAUUAAGGUAAUCGGAUUACUACUCUGUGUAAGAAUAGGUGUAAUUGUCCAUGGAAUUCUUAUAAAAGUCGAAAACCUAAAUGUAGUUGUAAAUCGAAGUGUGGUUACAAAGUGCAUGCUAGAAAAUUGGCAAGGACUGAUUUUUGGCAGAUUAGAGCUAUUAAACUUUUGCAUACUUGUGUUAGAACAACUGUGAAUAGCAAGGUUAGUGCUGAGUAUCUAGCGGAAAGGUACUUAGAGGAAUGGAGGAGUGAGCCACAUUGGAAGCUGAGAUCUUUUAUGAGAAGGGUAUUGCGUGAUGUAGGAUCUAACAUUACUUAUUCGUUAGCUUGGUUAGCUUGGGCUAGGGCCAAGCUAAUGAUUUAUGGGUCUGCAUCAGAACAAUAUGCUAGGGUCUGGGAUUACGCUAAGGCUAUUCUGAAGUAUAAUACUGGAAGUACUUGUAUUGUGGUUGUGGAUGGGUUGGAUAAACCAGAACCACCUCUAUUUUCGAGGAUGUAUGUAUGCCUUGAUGCAUUGAAAAAAGGAUUCAAACAAGGUUGUCGGCCCAUGAUUGGAGUGGAUGGAUGCCACUUGAAGGGUUCUUAUCCAGGGCAAAUCCUAGUGGCAGUUGGAAAAGAUCGAAAUAAUAACAUCUUUCCAUUUUCUAGGGCCAUUAUUGAAGUUGAAAAUACGGAAACAUGGUAUUGGUUUUUGAAUUUGAUCAUGGAGGACUUGGGAGGUGGUGAAGGAUUUGGAUGGACAUUCAUGUCAGAUAGGCAGAAGGGUCUUUUACAUGCUUUUAAUGUGGUUGUGCCAAAAGCUGAUACAAGGUAUUGCGUGAGACACAUUUGGGCAAACUUUAAGCUUCAAUUCUCAAGAACCUUAUUCAAAGACCUUUUCUGGGAUGUGGCAAGGGCCACAACUAAGGUAAGAUUUGUUCGGUUGUUUUGAUUAGUUAAGUUAAUCUGAAAAGAUUAGUUUAUUCUGUUGUUCUGAUAAGUUCAGUUAAUCUGAUUAGUUUAGUUUAUGCAUGUGGCAAGUGCGGGAAAUUGGGACAUAAUAAGAGAUCGUGCAAGAACUCUGCUACUGCACCUACUGUUGUUCCAAAGGGAAUAGGGGGAAGGCCACUGUAGGGGGUGUUUUUUUGGUUCGCAUCGCAAGUAUGCUCUUUCCCUACAAGGGGGCGGUUUUUUAGAAAACCAUUGUAUUUUUGUACCUCGAAGGAGUCGCCACCAAACAUUAUUUAAAGUCUCGUUUGGAAAGACCACAAGUGACUCUAUUUUGGAUAAGGCUUUGAAUCCUCGAAACGGAUGGGUGAGAUCCGGGCAAGGGAACGAGAUGCUUAUUCCGCGAGCUUUAGAAAUUAUUCGAGUACGUGACAUAGCAUUUUCGAAAAUAUACCCUAGAUUAGACUAUGUGGGUUUGAAUUUUAGAGCAAAUAGAAUCUCUAAUUGUAUGGUGGUCACUUUGCUUUAAAGGUAAUUUAAGAGAACCUAAGAUCGGUUUGUGCAAGAAAUUAUCUUUGUUAAGCGUGAUGUAACCUUGCAUUUUGUUGUAUUUAGCAUGUAUGGUGAUGAAAGCAAUAAAGAAAAUAAAGCAACAUCACAAUUGUAAAUGAGUGCGGAAUUAGU